AGUGUCACUCAUUCAAUCUCAUUCUCACACAGGGCCACUUUCCUCUCUCUCUCUCUCUCUCUCUCUCUCUCUCUCUCUCAAAUCUCAACCUACAGUGAAUUGAAUCGAAUUGAGAAAAAAAAAAAUGUCGAAGUACGAGUGCCCAAUGAUGUCUCGAGGUGAAAUAGUAGCGAUAUUGAGCGAAUCCCAAAUCGCCAACAUUUCAGAGAACGAUCUCUCCAAACCAAACUUCGAUUUCGUUUCCGAUCUCUACACUCGACUCCUCUUCCACAUCGACUGUCUCCACGAGGAAGAAGAGCAUGGACAGUUGGAGUUCGCGGCGCUCGAUCACCUCGAGAAUCCGGACUUUCACGUCGAAUCGGUGCGGAUUAUCAAGCUCUACAAUCGGAUCAAGGAUGUACUGGCCUCCAUGGAUUGUCCCAAGAGUUUUACCCUCAAAGACCUCAUCAAACCUGCGUCUGAUCGGACUGAACUUUUUCUUAGCGCGAUUCUCAAUUUCGGUCUUCACAGACAGGCGAAACUAGAUUUCCUACGGCCAAUUGUGGAUGAAUUGGACUUUCUUGAGGAGCAGCAAAGAGAGUCGGAGGCUAGGAUUUCCCAGUUGAAUGCAGAGAUUGAAGAAUACAAUGAAGCAAGAGAGAGGGAGCUACCUCUUGUUCAAGAGGUAGAUGCAAAGGUUAAAGAAUUGCGUCAAACCAUUGCAGGCCUUAACAAUCAACAGAUGUCAAUGAGAGCUUCUUAUCGCAAGUUAAAGGAGAAGGCUGGAGAAAUGGAUGAGAAGAUUUCUAAUGCUGAGUUUGUUCUAGUACAAAGUGUCCAAGAAAAUGCAAAUUUGCGUUCGAAAAUUGUCCAGUCACCAGAUAAGUUACAGAGGGCUUUAGAGGAGAAUAAAAUAGUUCGCGAGGCGGCAAAGAAUGCUGAAAAAAUAGCUACACAAUCCUAUCAGGACAAGACUUCCGUUGUUGAGCUUUAUACAAAGGUUUCCAAGAAAAUGUCAAAACAUUUUGCUCAGAUGCAGGCUAUACAAGAACAGGUAAACUCUGCCAAAUCCAUUGAGAAGGACUUUAAGGCUUUAAAAGCUAAAAUUAGUGAUGAAGGAAUACUGGAUAAGUCACUUGAAGCUAAACUGGUGGAAAGGCAAGCCAAAGCUGAACAGUUGGAUGAAUUAAGAAAUCAGUUAGAGAAAGAAAGAGAUUUGAAGUGUGAGGAGGCUACCUUAGAGUUCAAUAAUGUGAGAUUGGAGGUGGAAUCUAGGAGACGUGAGCUGGAAGCAAGGCAAAAGAAUGUUGAAGCUGUGGUAGUGGAGGUGGAUGCCAAAACUUCAAAAGCUGAUUCAAUAAAAGAAUCUGGGGCAGCUAAAGUGCAGGCGUUAAUUCAAAAAUCUGAAGAGAUUGUGAAAGAGUUUCACCGAUACGCAAACUCUAUUGAUGUCUUGCUGCCAAUGACAGAAGCUGAGCCAGUUGUUGGUUGAAGAGUUGUGAACUGGUUCCCUUAGAAGCCGUUACGGUCAAAUGCAAGGUGAGGAGUAAUAUACUCUCUUAUGCAUCAAACUCGAGAUGUAUAUAUACUAAUGAUUGAGAUUUAUUUAAUUUCUUUUUUAGCAGUCAUGUAUUUUGAGCUCUAAGUAUAUGUGUUAGAGCUUGACAAACUACAGAUAUUUAUUAUUUUGGGGUUUUGAGUAUGUAUAUAUAGAUUAGACUAACUUGUUUUUGUUCU